CCAUGAGAAUGUUCUGGUAUAAGAGGCUCUCUCAUCUUUACAUAGCACAUAACAGCUGUAAGGUACGGUGGCCCUGAAGUGCAAAUUUUCUAAUCUUAUGAUGUGUUUUCUGAUUUGGUGCUAUGUUUUUUUUAAUACUUGCCACGACGUAGUCUUGUACUUGCCAAUGGGAUUAAUUAUUUGCAGGUUUUUUUUGUAUUAUUGACUGUUGUGUUUUACUCUUUGCCGUUGGUUUUUCUUAUCCUUGCAGUUGCAAUUUCUCAUUUGCUGUUGUCGUUGGCUGUUGUGAUUUAUCUUUGUUAAAUUUUCUCCCAUUCUCUUAUACCUAUUCUGUUGCAUCUUCUACUUGUGCUGUUUAUUUUUUCCUAUUUUCUGUUGCGUUUUCUUAUACUUGCCAUUGCAUAUUAUUCGCCUCGGUGUGUUGUGAUUUGCACUUCAGGGCCACCAUAACACCACCUUUAGGGAAGUCACAGGACAAUGAAUAAAUCUAGCAGAAUGACUAGAUUAGUUGUGAUUCAGUAUCACCAUUAAAAAGCAUGCCUGCGGGUCUGUUGUAUUAGAAUAACCCUUAUAUUAUAACAGUGGAUUAUUCAGCAUUAACACAGUGUACAUACAGUGGUCUGAUUCAAACGGGGCACUGGGGCUUUAAAUGGCUCCUUGAACCCUCGGGCACCCAGUUAAUAAACACCCACGUCAGCACAGAGCUCCAUUCGCUCUAACCGGGUUUCGGUCUUUAGGGCUGAGCAGGAAGUGGCAGACUGGACCCUGGACGAGCAAAAAAAGAGGCGCAGGGAAUACAUUUUAAAAACCAUGGAUAUGGUGGCAGACUUGGGGGCGAGUAGACUCUAUCGGGCGCCGGGUGAAUCGAGUCACCAGCAGCCUCAGAGGUGGUUCAACACCGCCGACAUCACAGUGGCUCACCAAAGCAACCUGCUGAAGCAGCUCAACCAGCAGCGGCGUCAGGAGCUGUUCUGCGACUGCAGCGUGCUGGUGGAGGGCCAGCUCUUCAGAGCCCACCGCAACGUCCUGUUCGCCAGCAGCGGCUACUUCCGCAUGUUGCUGUCCCAGGGGCCCGACGGGCUGUCGGACCCCGUCAUCAGCGCCACCUUCGACGUCUUCAGCCCCGAGACCUUCACUGUAAUCCUAGAUUUCAUCUACUCCGGCCAGCUGGAUCUCUCUAGUCACAACGUGAUCGAGGUGAUGUCCGCAGCCAGCUACUUGCAGAUGAACAAGGUCAUCAGCUACUGCAAGAACUUCAUCAAGUCGUCCCUGGACAUCAGCAUGAAAGAUGAAGACAGUGACCGCUGCCUCAGCUUGUCUGAGACCUGCAGCUUUACCAGUGGGGCAGGAGAAGAGACCCCCGAACAGCAGCAGCAGGGCCCCUGCUCUGUCAGUCCACCACCUGCACUUUGGACCAGGGACAACUCCAGAUCCCAGUCCAGCUUCAUUGGGAAGGAUCCAGACCUAGACUCUUCAGCCUCAGCUAUAAAGACAAACCCAAGCAGCCCUGCUAAUGAGCUCAGUGUGGAGGCUGAGGACCUACAGGACCCGCAGGACCCUCUGUACACAUUGCCCAGAUCAGAGCGCCGGAGAGGUAAAGGAGGAACCAAGAGGAGGGUGCCCAACAGCAACCGCGCUCAUCAACACGAAGAGUUAGACCUUGAGGAGGCUAGGACAAAAAAGGCUGAAAAGGCCGAGGAGCUUUACGCAACUCUACCACAGAUUGUCAGUGUUAUUGGACACUUUAAUAAAGACUCCAACCACAUGAUGCGCUUCAAAUGCCCCUUUUGCACCCACACUGUGAAGAGGAAGGCCGACCUGAAGCGCCACUUGCGUUGUCACACUGGGGAGAGGCCGUACCCCUGUCAGGCCUGCAAUAAACGCUUCACCCGCCUGGAGCACCUCCGCAGCCAUUUCGAGACGAUCCAUCAAGCCAGGAAGCUGGUGUGCAGGAAGUGCAAGUGUCAGGUCACGGAGGAGACGGGACAUGUGGUGUGCGAGGGCUCGCGACGCUACCGCAUGUGCUCCGCGUGCAUCGAGGAAGUGGGCUGUGACAACAUCCCCAUGGACGGUCUGGAGGAGGCCGACGACGAGCCGGCCCUGCUGCUGGGCGUGGACGGGGAGGAGGAGGGGGACAGCAAGCGGAGCUGGAUGGUAACAGACGACGACGAUGACGACCUGGCUGAGGACUCGGGGGCCGACCUCAUCAUCCAGCAGGUGGACGACAGUGAUGAGGAGCUGCAGUGAAAUGGGACCAAAGUGUGUGUGUAUUCAUGUGUGUGUGUGUGUGUGUGUAUGUGUGUGUGUGUGUGUGGGUGUGUGAAAUCCAUGCAAUAGAAUUUAUGCAUAAAAGAAGUGAUCCACUGCUGUAAAUACACACAUUUAUGAUGUAUUCUUUGUCUAUUAGUUGAAUACAUAGACGGUAUCUAUAAAUGGAUGAGACGAGGCCAAAAGUGAUUUUGAUUGCCUCCUGGUGGCUGGCUGCAGAAUAGGUCAUAAACCCCUCCUGUUAAUGGAGCGGACGUGGGCAAGACAAAAAAGUCAAGUUUUUUUUUCUCAAAGAUGGUUUCUGACAUUUUAGUUAGUUAUUAUAAUACUGAUAAGAUUUGUUUUGGUGUUUUGGAGAAACCGUGGAUCCAUCCCGUCGUUGCAACUGUGGAGAUUCUGAUUCAGAUUCCACAUGCGCAAGAUGGCAGCGCAUCUAUCCAGAAUAUUUUGGCUUUGAUUCUGGAUAGACCGAGGAAGUGUAGACACGUCCUACGUCUUUAUUUGCAGCCUAUGGUUGAAUGAAGCUGGUUAAUCUUUACUUUGAAUGGGAUUGUGGACCUUUGUGACAAAAUGGAAUGCUUUUUGUGAAGCUUCAUAAAGAUAUGCACUAUCCAAAGCAUGCAUAUUGGUGUGUCCUGUGCGUCAGUUAUAUUUGUAUAACUAUUUCAAAGACAAGUUUUUUUGUCAAAUGCAUGGAAGAACAAACACCUUUGUACUUUUCUGGGACUGAACGUUUUGAUAUGUGGUGUUUAAGCGAAACAAAGUGACUGAACAGUGACUCUAUUAUUUCUCUACUGCCUGAGGGGAAAGUUUCUUUUCCAUGUCUCACGAUUGCAGUAGUUUUUAUGAUUAUGUUUGAUUAUUAUAUACACUAUGAUAUAACGCCAAUUAUAACUUAUUUAUUUUAUGUUUGUUUUUUACUUUUUGACACAUUAAAGAUAUUUUUAUACAUUU